AUGAUGUUAUUUCGUAUUUCACUAGAACAAGAAAAAGUUAAAUCAACAGAUAAAGCCGAUAGUGCAAAAACCAAAGAAGAACCACCUAAAGUAUCCACUGGUACCAGUGGUCCAGCUCCAAAAACAACUCCUUCUGUACCAGCUGUACCUAAAGGUCCACAACGUGAAACACCAACAUCACAGAUCUCGGUUACACCUGCUAAAUUAUUUCAAACACCAAGUACUGCUGGAAUCGAUCCAAAUAAAAUUACUGGUACACGAUCGGAAACAAGAGUUAAAAUGUCUCGAAUGCGUUUGAAAAUUGCUGAACGUCUUAAAGAAGCUCAAAAUACUUGUGCAAUGUUAACAACUUUUAAUGAAAUUGAUAUGAGUAACAUUGUCGAAUUUCGUAAAAAAUUUGCUGACCAAUUUCUUAAACGUCAUAAUUUGAAAUUAGGAUUUAUGUCAGCUUUUGUUAAAGCAUCAGCAUGUGCUCUUGCUGAUAAUCCUAUUGUCAAUGCUGUUAUUGACGGAAAUGAAAUUGUCUAUCGAGACUAUGUUGAUAUUAGUGUUGCUGUUGCUGCACCAAAAGGUUUAGUUGUACCGGUACUUAGAAAUGUUGAAAAAAUGAACUAUGCUGAGAUAGAACGAACAAUUAGUGAAUAUGGUGAAAAAGCUAAGAAAGGCUCACUUGCUAUUGAAGAUAUGGAUGGUGGUACAUUUACCAUUAGUAAUGGAGGAGUGUUUGGUUCGUUAUUUGGUACACCAAUUAUAAAUAUGCCACAAGCUGCUAUACUUGGUAUGCAUGGAAUAUUUGAUCGACCGGUAGCUAUUAAUGGCAAGAUCGAAAUUCGUCCAAUGAUGUAUGUGGCACUUACAUAUGAUCAUCGUAUAUUGGACGGUCGUGAUGCAGUUCUAUUCCUCCGAAAAAUCAAACAAUAUGUCGAGGAUUCACGUUCGAUCUUUCUCGAUUUAUAA